GCUGGGAACAGAGGGAGUUCAUUUACUCACCAGAGUGUUCCCUGAGAGGCCGUGCUGCUCCUUCUCCCACAUUCACUGGGGCGUCUUGCUCUGCAAGUGCAGUUUCAGGCGGUUCGGAAGCACACGCCCCAGACCUGCCGCCCGCUGCUUCUGUGCCUCUGCAUCUGCCCCCCCGGGUCCCAAGUUCCAGCGACUUCUCCUGUCCCACACUCCGCUUUGCUCCCAGUGUGUCCUGAAGAAAGGGGACGUGCUCCCGAGAUUUUCCACGGCGAUGAUAGCAUUUGAAGACCUGGCUGUGUACUUUACCUGGGAGGAAUGGCAGAAAAUGAACAAUGCUCAGAAAACCCUAUACAGAGAUGUAAUGCUGGAGAUCUACAGCAGCCUGUUCUCCUUGGGGCCCUGCAUUACCAAACCUGACUUGAUCUUCAAGUUGGAGCAAGGAGCAGAGCCAUGGGUGGUGGAAGAAUGCCUGAAUCAGAGCCUUUCAGUUGGCAUGAAAAGGUAUGACCUGACUAGGAUCAACCAGGAAAGUUGGGACAAAAAUCUGAAUCAGGAUUUUAUGAAAAAUAACAAGACAUCAGCCCCCAAGAGAGUUGAUAACACUAAGGUACCUGGAAAUUCUCUCCAGUUCUGUGAGCCUCUCGGCCAGCAUGACAAGACUCACAUCAUGAAGCAGCCAUUUGGACCCAUUGGACAAGCAAAAGUCUUCACAAGGAAGAUGUUCUGUAAAUCUGAGAGAGUUCAUACGGCAGAAAACUCUAAUAAGGCAGCUGUCACUUUUGGAAAAGCAACUCAAAUAGAAAAAGCUAUCCAUGAAAAUUCUAGCCUCAAUAUGCAUCAACAAACCCACACAAGAGAGAAAUUUUAUGAAUACGUUAGGUAUAUUGAACCUGUCAUUCACCAAUCACAUCUUGCAAUAAAUCAGAGACCAUAUAUAAAGGGAAAACUCUACACAUGUAAACUUUGUGGAAAAUCACUAAGCUCUAAUUCACCUUAUGAAUGUAAUGACUGUGGAAAAGCCUUUGAACAAAAGCCAAAGUUCAUAAUGCAUGAGAGAAUUCACACAGGGGAGAAACCUCAUGAAUGUAAUGACUGUGGAAAAGCCUUUAGACAAAAGUCAACCCUCUUCAUGCAUCAGAGAAUUCACACAGGCGAGAAACCUCAUAAAUGUAACGACUGUGGAAAAGCCUUUGGACGAAAGUCAAACCUUGUAAUGCACCAGAGAAUUCACACAGGGGAGAAACCUCAUGAAUGUAAUGACUGUGGAAAAGCCUUUAGACAAAAGUCAACACUCAUCAUGCAUCAGAGAAUUCACACAGGCGAGAAACCUCAUAAAUGUAACAACUGUGGAAAAGACUUUGGACGAAAGUCAAACCUUGUAAUGCACCAGAGAAUUCACACAGGGGAGAAACCUCAUAAGUGUAAUAACUGUGGAAAAGCCUUUACACAAAAGUCACACCUCAUAAACCAUCAGCAAAUUCACACAGGGUAGAAACCUCAUGAAUGUAAUGAUUGUUGAAAAGCCCUUGGCCAUGAGUCAGCCCUCCUCAUACAUCAGUGAAUUCACACAGGGGAGAAACCUAUGUGAGAAACAUAAAUGUAAUGACUGUGGAAAAGCCUUUGGACAAAAGUCACACCUCCUAUCACACCAGAGAAUUCACACAGGGCAGAAACCUCAUGAAUGUAAUGACUGGAAAAGCAUAUGGCCAUAAGUCAACCCUCAUUGUGCAUCACAGAAUUCACCCAGGGGAGAAACCUUAUGAAUGUAAUGACUGUGGAAAAGCUUUGGCCAUAAGUUCCAACUCAGAAUUCACCACAAAAUACACACAGGGAAAUAAGCUUAUGAAUGUAAUGACUGUGGAAAAGUCUUGCUAUAAAUUUUACCUCAUGUCAAAACAGAAUUCACACAUGGCACAGCUCCAGCCAUUGCGGCCAAUUGAGGAGUGUACCAUCAGAUGGAAGACCUCUCUCUCUGCCUCUCCUCUCUCUCUAACUCUUACUUUCAAAUAAAUAGUAAAUUUAAAAAAAAGCUACUUCUUCCUGAGUCACAAUAUGCCCUGAACCCUGUAUGAUGCUAGAUUGGAACUGAGUAGAUCUGGUGGUAACAGAAUGGCUUUACUCAGUCAGGAAGAGAAUGAUCAUCUUCUUUUGAAGAUUCUACUCCUGGUGAUGUUUGGGUUUUCAGAAGAAAGUUAGUCUCUUGGACUCUGGACUGCAAAUUAUGUCUGAUAAGAGGAUCACAAAGUGAGUAAGGGGUUUGAUAUUGUGAGUUUAAUCUGGGCCCAAAUGAGAAGUGCUAAUUCCAAAUAUCAUUAUCUUGCUCUUUAUCAAGAACCCCUAUAACUUUCACAUGAAAAACAGCAAGGCUGAGAAUUCAACUCUCAUAAUUCCACAACCUGAUCAAUUUUGUGGUUUUUUUUUUUUUUAAAGUAAUUUCAAUCCUGUGACUAUAAGAAAUGGGAGACUUUUCCAGGAUUUUCAUGAAAAUAUUAUGUUCUUCAGACUGUGACUUGAGUGGAGUUAAGAGAGUGAACUUAUCAGUGUUUUUUGGUAAGUGCUCAAGAGGCCAAUAAAUCCACCCCAUACAACAGUCCUUAUGAAAGAUCAUUACUGCCACAAUGAUCAAAUACCAUAAAUAUUUGGUUCCUGAUGCAAGUGUUUUACUUGCCACUAUCUACAUCACUAUCAACCAGAACCUGGUUCAUUGUGAUGUUGCUGCAGGUCAUGGACUUCUAGUACCCAAUCCACCAUCAUGGACUCCACACUAUAGUUAAGUCUAAAGGAUUAGUAAAAGAAUAGAAUAGAUCUUUGCAGCACAGAUUUAAGGUAUGAUUAAAAGUCAGGGCCAAGGGCACUGUGGUGCAGUGGGUUAACGCCCUGGCCUGAAGCACAGGCAUCCCAUAUGGGUGCUGGUUCAAGACCUGACUGCUCCACUUCCUGCGCAGCUCUCUGCUAUGGCCCGGGAAAGCAGCAAAAGAUGGCCCAGGUCCUAGUGCCCCUACACCCAUGUGGGAGACCCAGAAUAAGCUCCUGGCUUCAGAUCGGCACAGCUGCAACCAUUACAGCCAUCUUGGGGGGUGAACCAUUGGAUGGAAAACCUCUCUCUCUCUCUCUCUCUCUCUCUCUCUCUCUGCCUCUCCUCUUUCUGUGUAACUUUGACUUUCAAAUAAAUAAAUCUUUAAAAAAAAGCGCCAAACUAAUUUCUACACUCCCUCUUUACAGGACUGUUUUCUGGAAUGAAUUCUGUUAUGAUCAGUAUCUAAUAAAGAGACAUAACAAAUAUAAUUUCGAUACAGAAAUUUUAAUAUCAAAAUUAUCUGUAACACGACUAUAGUUAUAAAAAAUUGGCUGCUAAGAAAUGCAGGUCAUGUAAAUGUCACUGGUAUGGUAUCUAGAAAGAAAAAUUAUUCCUAAUGGCUGGGAUAGAGUACCCCAGAGUCAAGGCUAAGGUUCAUAUCUGUUGGAUAGGGUAUAGCUGUGACUCAUUGAAUGUCAGAAAAAUUGUUAUGAUGAAGGCCUAGGACUAACACAUGGCAAGUAAGGCAUGGAGGGUAUAGAACAUGAAAAGACACUCAUUCUCAUGUGUCAACUCUACCAUUACUGUGUGAAUGAAUGUCUUAGGUUUUACAUCUAAGUCUGGCAUUAUCUUUAUAUUCUCUUUGUUAAAAUAUUUGUUUUAUUUGUUUGAAAGAUGGUUUACAGAGAGAGGUAGAUAACAGAGAAAGAGAGGUCUUCCAUCAACUGGUUCACUCCUCAAAUGACUGCAAUGACCAGAGCUGGGCCCAUCUGAGGCCAGGAAUCAAGAGCUGCUUCCUGGUCUCCCACAUGGAUGCUGGGGUCCAAGGACUUAUGCAAUCUUCUGCUGCUUUCUUGGUCCAUAAGCAAAGAGCGGGGGUUGAAGUGGAGCACCUGGGACUUGAACCAGCACUCAUAAGGGAUGUCAGAACUGCAGGCCAGGGCUUUAACCCAUUGAGCCACAGUGUGGGCUCCUUUAUUUUCUCCUUUAUAUUCACUGCCAUCCAUGUGGGAGAACCAGAAAUAGUUCCAGGCCCCUGACUUCAGCCUGACUCAGUAUAGGAUUUUGUGGUCAUUUGGAGGGUGAACCAGGAAAUUGAAACAGAGUACUGGGGCUGGCACCUUGGCUCACUUGGUUAAUCCUCCACCUGCAGUGCUGAGAUCCCAUAUGGCCACCGGGUUCUAGUCCCACUUGCUCCUCUUCCAGAACAGCUCUCUGCUGUGGCCCAAGAGGGCAGUGGAGGAUGGCCCAAGUGCUUGGGCCCCUACACCCACAUGGGAGACCAGGAGGAAACACCUGGCUCCUGGCUUCGGAUUGGCUCAGCGCCAACCAUAGCAGCCAUUUGGGGAGUGAACCAAUGAAAGGAAGACCUUUCUGUCUCACUGUCUAUCUGUCAAAUAAAAAUAAAAAAGAAACAGUACUUUAUACUUUGUGUUUCUAUGUGGGUGCAAACUUGAAAUCUUUACUUAGUAUAUACUAAAUUGAAAUAUGAUAAUUGAAAAUGAAUCUUGAUGUGAAUAGGAUGGGAGAGGGAGCAGGAGAUGGGAUGGUUGCAAGUGGGAGGGAGGUUAUGGGAGGAAAAAGCCACUAUAAUCCCAA